CCAUGAAGAGUGAAAAUGAAGGCAGUGAGAUUCCUCCCAGUUGAUGAGACUGUCUCUGUCUUUUUAGGUACGUCAGCGACUGGACCAGCUGCUGUGGUCGAGAAUGGCGACCAUGGAAUAGAAGGCACCAGGAAGGUGUCCCCAGGAAAGAUCAUGGAUGAAAAGAUGUCCUACAAGGAGUUUCUGGACCGCAAUGACUCAUGGACAAUGGACGACAGGGCCCAUUGCUUUGAUCCACAGCCAGCAUUUAAGCCCAUGGAUGUGACAGAGCCUUUUAAGAUGCACCGCGAAGAUGUCCUGUCCGACCUUCUGCUGCUUCCUCAGGAAAUGACGAAUGUGCCGCCUUUCGGGGAGUAUUUUGGACCUUCGCAAGAAGUCCAUGCACCUUACGGAAUUGCAGGGGCGCCUGAGCAGCCCCCUCUGGGACCCCAACAUCCUCCUGCAAACAUUUUUGACCCCAUGGCCUUCCUCGAUUCCGGGGCAGAGUCUCUGCUGAACCAGAACGAAACAGCACCUGCAGGAGAGACGGGGCUUCCUGAAGAUUUCUGGUUGAGACCUCAGCACUUAGCAGAGGGACAAGGAACACCUUUCUUUGAGCCGCCAGCACCCGGUAAGAUCCUGACGAACUUCCCAGGAUGCUCCGACACAAGUCUGGUAGACGUCACAGAGCCCAAUCCACCAGAGUCAAAGCAGUCUGCGCCAGCAGCUUCUCCUGCGGUCGAAGGUCAUGGGCCUGCCCCUGCAGUGGAAGAGCUGAUGGGGUUUGAACCGUCAUUUGACCAGAAAUCUCUUCCUCUCAAAGAAUCCCUGGCAGGCUCUCCAGAAGCGACGAAGGAGCAGAAAGCGAAGGCCGCAGACGCUACAGCUCCAGGUACUGGCGGUUUUCCUGUGCUGGGGAAACAGGAGGAGAGCUGGCCUUCCCCCACCCAGCACAAGGAGAAGGAAGAGACCAGCCAGUCCCAGAACGCAGAGGAGCUCGCAAGGAAGACUCCUCCCAGCCAGAAAGUGGACGACAGCCAGCCUUUCUUCAGCCAGUGGGGAGAGGAGAAGGAGGCAAGCGCAGCAACCAAGCCUCCCACCCAGAAAAUGGAGGAAACCAAGCCCCCUCUCAUUUUGCCCAUGGAGGAAAAGGAGAGGCAGCCCCCAAGCCCGAAAGUCGAAGAGCCAAAGGCUCCUCUUGCCCAACACACAGAGAAGGUCAGCGAGGGCCCGCAUGUGCAGGAGGGGGCAAGUAAAGCUGCUCCAGCCCCCAAAGCAGAAGAGCCCAAAGCUUCUCCCAGCCAGCACUUAGAGAAGAAAGCGGAAGAGAGCAAGAUCUCUCCCAACCAGCCCGCUGUGAGCCAAGAAGGGCCUAAGACGCCUUCUUCACCCCUCCAGCCCUGGGAGACCUUCCCUGCUCUGGAGAAGCUUGGGGAGAAGGACAAACAGCCUCCCAGCAAGCCUACUGAGAAGCCGGAGGAGAACAAGCAGCCGCUGUCGGUUCCACCUGUGGUGCCUCAUCCGGAGCCUGCAGCAGAGUCGAAAGAACCGGUACCCCCGAGAGAGUCCAAAGGAGACGCUAAGGAGCCCUUGGCUGCUGUGGUGGAAGUGGCCAAGCCAAAGGAAGCACCCGAAGCUCGCCCUGACCAUCCCGCGGAGCUGCCUCAGGGAAAGGCCGCCCUGGAACCUGCAGCAAAACCAGAAGAGAUAAAACCAGCCGCCGAGGUCACCACAGCGAACGACAUCGCGGCCCCUCCAAGCAAGGAGCUUCCGCCGAGCCCCGAUAAGAAAGCCAAGCCUUCAGCCUCCACUUCAGCAACAAAGCCUGCAGCAGCAGCAGCAGCAGCGAAAACCAAGGGCGCCCCCACUGCUGCCGCUGCCCCUGCCAAGCGGCCGGCGUCCACCGCUAUGCCAGGCCAAAACAAAAAAGCCACCAGCCCUACCGCAGCCACCACCCCUAAACGCCUGGCGACGAGCGCCGCACGACCCUCCUCCUUAACUCCUAAAGAGCCCAAACCGAAGGGGACAGACGCAAAGAGCCCUGAUAAGCGGACCUCCCCUUUGAAGCCCCCGUCCGCUACGACUCCUCGGCCGGCCGCAAAAAGCAGCCCAGCCACUCCCAGGCCGUCGACAGCACUUGCAAGUACGAAUGCGCAGAGCGCAAGGAGCACAGCCACUUCGCCACCCAAGAGGCCCUCCACCAUCAAGACAGACGCAAAACCUGCCGAUGCCAAGAAGACCGUCGCAAAAUCGCCAUCAGCCGACCUCAGCCGUCCAAAGAGCGCCCCGGCCUCCACCGCUGCCAAAAGCAGCGCCACCACCCCGACCGCUGCUGCCCCCGGCCUGCCCGGAGCAGCCGCUAGCCGGCCCAAGCCAGCCACGCCCAGGCUCUCGGGGACCGGGAGCUCUGCCGCCGAGCCCAAGAAGGCGUCCACGCUCAAAACCGCACCAAAAACCAGCCCCGUCGCCAAGCCUUCCCGGCCCCCCACCAGUAGCGUGUCUGCCCCCGACCUGAAGAACGUCCGCUCCAAGAUCGGCUCCACGGACAACAUCAAGCACCAGCCUGGCGGAGGACGGGCAAAAGUAGAAAGAAAGGCAGAGUCCGCCGGGGCUGCCCGAAAGCCCGAACUCAAUGCAGUAUCUAAAACGGCCCCCACUAAAACGGCUGUUUCAAAAGAGGGCGCCCCAAAGCAGCCCAAUGGGAAAGUCCAGAUAGUCUCCAAGAAAGCCAACUACAGCCACGUCCAGUCCAAGUGUGGGUCCAAGGACAAUAUUAAGCAUGUCCCUGGAGGUGGGAAUGUUCCAAAUACCCAAAGGCCGUCUUCGGGCGUCCACUCCCAGUCGGCCACCGCCCCCAGGCCCAGCCAGGGCAGUACCCAUGUGCAGAUCCUGAACAAGAAGAUCGACCUGUCUAAAGUGUCCUCAAAGUGCGGCUCAAAGGCAAACAUCAAGCAUAAGCCAGGCGGCGGAGACGUCAAGAUUGAAAACCAGAAGCUGAACUUCAAGGAGAAAGCCCAGGCCAAAGUGGGCUCUCUGGACAACGUGGGGCACGUGCCGGCUGGAGGCACCGUGAAGACCGAGGGGGGCGAGGAGGCAGCCCCGCAGAACGGAGCUGUGACCGCCCCCCCGCCAGGUGGCAGCCCCCCCACGCAGGAGAAUGGCGUAGGGCUGCCCACGCCCGCCCAGGGUGGCGGCGGCGGCGACCAAAGGGAAAUUCAGUGCUUCGACACUCACAUACAAGAAACAAAUUGAGUCCCACAAGCUGAUGUUCCGUGAGAAGGCCAAGGCCCGCACGGACCACGGGGCGGACCCCACAGCCUCCAACCACCCCCCUGUCUUCUCCGGCGGCACCUCCCCACGGCGCAGCACCUCGGUCAGCGAAAGCCUGGCCUCGGCCGCCUCCACCUCUCUGCAGCCGCCGCCACCGCCGCUGCCACGGCAGGCUCCCCUCGCGGAAGAGACGGCGGCCGCUCUUCCUCAGCAAGGCUUGUGACUCUGCCCCUUCCCGCAUUCCUCCUGCCCUCCUCCCGCUCGCGAGAAGCUCGUCUCCUUUGACCCGGAGCCUGGCUUUGUUUGGCCCUGGAAAGAUGGGCUGGCCUCCCUGCCCCACGGCAGGGGACCUCUCUGGAGCGUGCCAGGCUGCCCCAGAGAGCCUCCGUGGCGUCUGGUGGUUGGUUGGUGUCUCUGGGUGCAGAAAUGGGCUCCCCGGGGGUGUCCGAGUGUGCGUUGGAGUUGUUUUGAUUUCGUCCCGUCCUCCUUGGCUUGCUGUGUGGGGACUAGGGAGGGAACGCUGGUCUGCCCCACUCGUGGCGGAGCCCGAGACCCAGGCGGGAGUUAGCGGGACUCAGCUUUGCUGCCCUCUUUCCCCCUCCAGCAACCCAUUUCCACCUCCUUGCCCCCUCGCCCUGCGUCAUUUCGCGCUGCCUACUAUUUAAUGCUGGUCUAUAUAUUAUUAUUAUUCUCACACAUGAUAAUUUCACUCUCUUUUGGAACUCUUUUAACUCCUUAACCUCCUUCUCUCCCCCAGUCCCCCAACCCUCCUCCUCCUCCUCAUUGUGAUUUAAAAAAGUACAAUAAAGUGUUUGCCGAUUUCUGUCGCUUGUUACCGCAGGCGCACCGCGCUCCCUUCCCUUCCCCCCUUGCCCUUUGCCAUAGGAGAAUUAAAAAAAACGUUAACCGCUGCUGCAGUGCUGCUGGCUUCUUAUCGACAUAUCCAGCCAUUUUAACUGUGUUCUUUUUCUUUCGUUUUUUUUUUCUUCAUUUGUGUGUGGUGUUUAUUUUUUGUGUGUGCUUAAAAAGGAAAAGGAAAAAAACUUUGAAAUGAUGGAGCAAAAAAAGGCAUUGAGCCACAUUGGUUAAAAGUUCUUGAGGAUGCAUUGAGAGGAGGUUGUGGGUGGUAGAGGAAUGGCGUUCACUGAUCCCCUCCCAAAAAAAAAAAGGCACGAUGGGUUUGGCUCCGGGGUCUGUGCACCUUGGAGCUGGGGUGGAGUCUGGCAUCUAUAAGGAAGCUCGCCCCUGGGAGUGGGGCGUCCUGGCAGAGUUGGGGAGGGAGUGGUGUGGGGAGACUGCUUGACCGCUGCCCCACCACCCCCCAAAAUACCAAGAGGGUCAUGGGAAAGUGUUGAGGGUCUGACGAAAGGCAGCGUCUGCAUGGGGCUGGCUAGGUGAUCUGAAGGUGCCAAGGAGAGAAAGAGGCAGAGAUUGCUCUCCUUUGGAAGAAAAGACCCGUUUUUUCUUCUAGGGGUGGGUAUGGGUUGGAUGGGGCUUGUGGGGGGUGGGGAGUGUUGGCAACAAGAGUUUGAGCACCUUCGGCAAUUUUAUUAAUUUUUUUUUUUUUGCAUUGCAAAUGACACUAAAACGAAAUGUAAAUAAAACUUUGAAAAUGGUGUGUUGUGAGAGUCGUGGGGGAAUUCUGAAAGGAAGAGGGGGAAACCCAAACCGCAGGGAACAAAUAUUUGGGCGGUGGGGGGGGGGUUGUUUUGUAGGCAGACUUCUGCUGGGAGGCAGGCAGGAGAUGAUGGCUGUGGGAAGGAGGAGCGAUGAUAGCACAGCUCUCCCCCCCCCUUUAAUCUCUUGGUCACAGUGUGCUUUUCAGCAACACAGCAAACCCAGUGUCUGCAUUCACACACAAAAGACAUAUUGCACUUGUGGUUGUUGUUUUUAUAUAUAUAUAAAUAUAUAUAUAUAUAUAACUAUUAAAGGUUGCAUGGUUUCUAAUAAAAUGGCUUUUUAAAACCUUAGCGGGGUUUUUUUUUCUUCCCCCUUUUUGGCAUCAAAACGGUAUGCUGAAAUCUCAUGAAUCGCAUCUCCCUUCCCCUCCUUGGAAUACUAUAGAAACCUUUUGAGGAGGAAGUUGCAGGUUUUGCACCUAGAAAGGGGCCUGUCUGUGUUCAGAAAUAUAUGUAUGUGUGCUUGUGAUCCAUCUUGCCCACCUUCCAUCUCGGCCACGCCGAUUCCAAGUCUGCUUCCGAGUCUGUUGCAAAGCUUGCUGCACCUGCCCACCGGCUCUCCCGCCCUCCAGAUCUCAGGAAGCCCCCCACCCACGUUGUUACACGUUGCUGUGCAGCUUCCCCGCACGUUCCCAUCCGCCACCCCGGUACCACCACCUCCUCGUCCCUGUCCUGACAUUUCCCUGAGAGACCUUGUCGUGCCAACUCCAACCUUUUCUUUCAAACAGGCAAUGCAAGUGGUGGAAGCUGAAGACGGGGGUGUAAUAGGAGACACCCCCAAAUCUCCUCCGCUUUGAGGGCCAGGCCCUGUGGAAAGCCUCCUUCAAAUGGGUGGGGUAGCAAAAGCCCAGUGGUACCUCCCCACUUGCCCCGGCGAGGUUUGCGUAGGUGAACGUCUCAUCGAACUGGUUCCCCUGCUUAGAUUUUGGAUUCCUGGCUCCUCCGGGAAGGUUUUUUCCUGAGUCGGAGAGGCCUAUAAACAGUGGAACUGCUCGCCCCAGGAGCAAGACGCUGCCUUGCGCCGCUUUAGCAGCAUCCCUGGGCGGCAGCGUCUUCCUAGCGGAGCAGGUCCACUUGUGUGUGCGCGCGUUUUUGUGUUCCAGCCCUUUGAGAUCUCCACUUCCACCUGCCAUGCAUGGCUCCCUUCCCCUCCAGUCUACAUCCCUGCCCUGCGGCUGAUGACGUCUCCCGGUCUCUCGCCCAACCUCUAAACACCAACUUGGGUUUUCCACUCCGCUGACCUCCCCGCUGCCAGGCCAAGGGGGUGGUGAUGGCAGAAGGGGAGUGCUUGCUUAGGCGACCCCCUCGUCCGACAGGGAAACUUGUCCCUUGAAGCAAUAAGGACAGCCUGUGUGCUCGAAAAUGAGAGCUUCCUGGGCUACCGUAGAAAGGGAAGCAGUUGCCUCAUCCACCUCCUUCCCUACGAAGCUUGUGGGGCGCAUGCUUUAAAAACGAACGAAAAGAAGCUGAGACUCGCAGCUUCUUUCGCAGAAAAGUGUUUGGGGGCUGAGAUACUUCAGCAGGAAGCCCCGUUGUCUUGGCUUCCCUUUCCUCUGACCCCCAAGUUGAGGAGCAGUUGACUUUUGUUUGCCGGAGGGUCCUUCUCCUGUUUGCAACGAUGCCCAGAUGUCUUUCUCCUACGAUCCGUCGCUUGAGGACUCUCACUUGGGAAGUCAAAUAACAUUGCACUUUAUCUUCCGUGAUAGCGCAAAAAAAAAAAAAAGUGUCUUGUAAAGGGUUGUCGAUUCCUUCUUUGUUCCCGACCCGAAUCACUUUGAGGUGGUCGAUAUUAGCACCCGCCUGUCUUGAGAACAUGUGCAGGUUCCGGUUGCGCCCAGUUCUGCGGUGUGCGCGCACUCGUUCCCGCACAACACGCUCACUUAACACGUGUCGUGCCUGUGUUUUUAGCCUUAGACCCGGAGAGACGCUUAAAGACGAUUGCUACGGGGGUUUUUCUUAGUCCCCAGCUUUGGUUUCUAAUAAGGAUUUUUACAACAAUGCAAUUUUAGAUUUGAAAGUAGCUUGUAAAUACUGCAAUUCUGGGGCGGGGCAGGGUGGGUUGGGGAGAAAGGGCUUUCGUAGCCCAGCGCUGGUCUCCUUUUCCUCCCUCCUCUUGUUUUGGAGGGGCAGGAGCAGAUUUCAAUUGGGGGGGGGUUACGUAGGUAUUUUUUACAAAACGGAUCAUGAGAAGUAUUAGAGGCGGUGGCUGUUAGGCUAAGAAGCGAAAGCAAUAAAUGAGCCUCCCUUGCUCCCAGAGCUGUGUUUGAGAACUUGGCUUAGAUCUUGUCUCUGUUUGACCGUCAGAUUUCAGUGCAGCUGAGAAAUGUGGCCAUAGAUAUUUAUUUGGUAAGGGCGGUAUUUAUUUGGUAAGAUGCACCAGAACCAUGAGGCCCCAAUCCAUUGGGGUGGGACGUUCUCCUGCGGAAUCCCCAUUGGGAGAACGCCCUCGUGGAUCGUGGCCUCAUGCUAGCUAGUGUAGAGGGAGCUGCCAUCCAGUUUUUCCACCUAAGAGGCACAACCCUUGGAGGUCAUGUUUAGGUUUUCCUUCCCAGGGCAGCAAGUGGAAACUGCAGCUCUGCACGUCACAACCAGCCUCCCUCGUGAGUUGGCCAAUUUGCAGGACAGUGUUUGGCUUAGGGUGGACGAUCCAGGCGAUCCAUUUUGGCAGAGGCGAGGCGUAAACAGGCUUGAGGAAGGAGGAGGCAGAAGACACACCCGUGCACAUGUAGCUGUGUGACUCGCUCCCUAUUUGAGCUUUGGGCAGUUAACAACCAGGCCGAGAAUCCCAAGGUGCUCCAGAUCUUUGACUCCAACUCCCAUCGUCCUUUCCCAUUGGCCAUGCAGCCUGGGCGGGGUCAAUGGGAGUUGGAGUCCAUCUGCAGUUGGAGGACACCUCUUUUCCACCUGUGGUUUACAGAAACCGUAGGUCUGUGUUCUUUCCAUCGGGGAUCAGAGUUCCACAGAACCUUGGAAGUUUUGUGUUGUUGGGCAAGGUCGUCCGUGUUGGGCAUCAUUCCCGGAAAAUGAGGCUUGAGCUUGGAUGGUGGAACGAACAAUGGCACUGGUUAGAUAUAAGAAUGCAACUUGGGUGUGCAGUUUUUUUAACCUGGAGGUGAAUUGUAGUUUUGCGGCGUCCUUUUAGGGGGUGGUUUUCCCUCUUGCUUUCCUUGGAGUUCCUCAGAAAGAAGAUGAGGCUUCGCGGGAUAGCUUCUCCAUGACUUUCCCUCUUCCCUUGCACUAUGCUGUUAAGAUAGAAUAUUGAGUGUGUUAUUGAUCAUUCCAUUCAAUGGUGAGGCCCACAGGCCUGGCCAGUUGCACACUAAACGGCAACCCCAGCCUCAUCUCCACUGGGGAUGGGGAGCCCGUGGCGCUCUAGGUUUUGUUUGGCUCCCAGCUCCCCUCAGCCUGAGCUUGAGGAUUACAAAUGCAGCCCAGAAACAACCGAAGAGAUCCCUCAUGCCUAAUCUGCAGCGACACGUAUUCGGUGUGAGGGUGCCCUGGUUGGACCGAGGGGAAGGGAAGCGCAGUUCCUGGUGUUUUGAAAAUGCACUUUGCUUUUAGGGAAUUGCUUGAUGAACAGGGAAGGGAAUCAAGAAGCUUCUCAAGACAGCCCCUUUGCUUGGGCAGCGAGCCAGGCCCUCCCCCAAGGAAGCCAGGAGAUUAGCCAGCUGGUCGGGUGGUGGAUUAGGAGGCAGGUGGUUCAGGUAGCCAUCAGCUGGUCCCCAUUGGAUUAGGAGAGGUUCUGCUCUUCGCAAGAGGCACAGGGGCACUCUUAGCCCAGGAAACACCUUGUUUUGAACGGUCAGGGUGGAACAGGCUGGUGAAGAAAGCGUGUGGCAUAGAAGCUCGGAGGCGAGGGGCUUGCUGCCUUUCAGCUGGCAUGGGGUGUGGGGUCCUGCCGUCUUGGGUGAUGCGCUUGUGGCUGCAUCCUCUUGGGCAGAAAUGUGGCCACAGACGUGGGUUUCAGCGCCGUAGUGUCACAUAUCAGUGGUACGCACAAAACAGCAGGAAUUGGGUUAUCUGCUGCCAAGCAGAGAUGGGUCUGGAUCAAGAGGCCUGGGUGAGAGGCUGUAUGGGGCUCUGGCGGCAACCUGGACGCCUCUCUGCCAGCCCAGGGUAAUUCUUCGCCUUCCUUGCAGACGACUUGAGGGUAAAGACAGCUGUAGGCUUUUAAGAGCUGUCAGAGUGGGCCCUUAACCCAUUAGGCAUCCAUCUGUGUCUUGCUCUAGCCUUGCACAUCAAGCCAGCCUCAUCACCACUAUUAUUAUUAUUAUUAUUAUUAUUAUUAUUAUUAUUAUUAUUAUUAAAAGCAGCACGCUCAUGUUAAUUUCCAUCCUUUGCCUUACCUCCUCCAAAAUAUGAUCUACAAGCAUUCUUAAAACAGUUGCAAAACUACAUGACGGGGUGGAAGCGGUUGUUGAUGUCACAGCAGCUAGCCAGUAGGUGCUCUGCACAAGUCUAUCCUCUCCCCCCCACCAGCUCUUUUCACGCAGAGUUACUUGGAAAACCUGCAGACUGUUUUGGUCCGGAAAGAGAAACUGUUUUGAUUUGCAGAGCAGCGGGGGACACCAUCAAUAUGCCUCCCUCGCUCUUAAAACGAACACCUGUCUUUACCCUGAAUGUACUUUUCGCCACUUGGGCUACUGUAUGACAGAGUACCUUGCAAGUGGCAUUUCUGAUUUGUCUGGCAUUUCUGAUUCCCUUCCAUUGUGGGGCGGACAGGCUCAGGAAAGCCAUGCACACACCCAACUGUAUCAGGGCUGGCCAGAGGGACGAAGGAUGCUGGCUGAAGUUUUGGCAUGCCGGGGUGUUUACAUUCGCCAAGGAGGCUCUGGGAAAUAAAAAGUACCGAUUCCCUUGUGGCUGUACUUGGACAGGGUGGGGCUGCAGCUCAACGCCGAGUGGUUAAACCGAAUAAAACGCCGUGAACUCUCCGCUUUGCUUGUAAAGAUUCUUAUAGUUUUAUCAUAGCCGCCCCCAACCUGGGGCGCACCAGCAGGUUUGAACUACAACUCCCAACAGGCCCUGUUGGGAGUUGUAGUUCAAACCUGCUGGAGCGCCCCAGGUUGGGGAAGCCAUGGCAGAAUGGAGAACUGCAACAGCCGCUCAGUUAGCUGGAGAACGAAAGGGGGUGUCCUCUUCGUAACGGCCAGGAUGCGCUGCUUGAAGCCCCUUCUCGGGGUGGUGGUGACGUCAGGAAAAGGCAGAGCGGCUGCUGGCCUGUUUCCUACGAGGGCUUGCGGGAACUCAAGAGAGCAGGUGCCAUUGCUCUCCCGCCUCUGAACAGUAUCGGGAGAUCAAUCGAGCUUCCAUCCCCUGCAGUCUCUUACGAGCACCAUCCGGAUUAAGAAACACCCCUUCCUCUCCCCUCGCUUUGGCGAGUCUCGGUCUACGUCGGCGGCAGUACAGAAAGGGCAAGAGGGUAGAUGGAAGCGGUUAGGUUAUCUGUGCCACUACAGCGGGUGAUUUGCCCAUCUCGAAUGAGCAGGAACGAGCACCGGCCUUGCAAAGGGAGGCAGAGAGAUUGGGGCGGCCUUGGCGAAAAUGCCUGCCUUGUGUGUGUGUGUGCGCAAAAAUCAAUGCUGUAGCCGUAGGACAGCCUUCGCCAAGCUGGUGCCCUCCCGGCUGGCUUGUGGACUGCUGGGAGUUAUUGCUGGGGCGCCUCCUUGGCGAAGGGCCAGAGCCAUCUCGCACGACUUCGCUCGGUGCGGCUGUGCAACCAGAAGGAUGCGCCACUCCUGGCCGUGGCUGUGCAGCGAGGUAGAGUUACGCAGGUGUUCCCACAAUAGCCUAGCCGGGUGGUGCUGGGGCGAGGGAGGGAGGGAGGGAAGGGGUGUGUUAAGAGAAUGCAUGGGUGCGAUGGCGCCUGGAACGCAGGAGAGAGGUGGUUGGACAAACCUGUCCGGGUGGGAGCUCAGAGGGCCCUGCUGUCACGACGGCAGGAUCUUAAAACCCCUUUGCUUCUGUUUACCUUCCUCUCCUGUCCUCGGACUUGUAAUAGUUACUGACUGUCUCCGUUUUUAAAAGCAGCUGUUUCCGGAUUUGAUGUUGUGAUUCUUACCUAUUGUAAAGGGUUUAAAUAAAGCUUCUAGAUGUUCAACCUUG